UAUACUCUAUUUUCAUAGGCCAUAUGUUUCUGUUUAAACUGUUUUAAAGGGGUGGAGCAUCAUUUGAUUGGCAUCUGUUUCCCCUUUCUCUAUUGCCCGCCCCUUGAGCCCAUAGCUCUUGGUUUAUUUUCCUCAUCUCAUCUUUCACUCCUUUCGUCAGCUACCCCUUUUCCUUUUCUCUCUGUCUUUCUUUUCCCCCUUUGCUCCAUUUCUUUAUUUAGUCAGGCCUGUGUCCUGCUGCAGAAGGGAUCUGAAACUCUUAGAGGAGAUGCCAGAGCCCAUAUGAGUCUUGUCGUUGGUUGGACCCCUGAGCCCAGGGCCGGUAGGAUGUGCUUCAGGUUGAACUGUGCUUGCUCAAAACCUUUUACCUUGGAACUUUAAGGUGGGAUGAGACUGGAUGAAAGUAGGAUUUGUUGUACCUGAGCCUUUUUGCUUGUUGAGACAUUAACUCCACAGAUCUGAGCCUCUUUGGGCCAGUGUUGUUGUUGAUUCUUGGAUGAGCCAUUGAUCUGGUACCACGUGCUGAUUGGCUGGGGCUGUGUUGGUUUUGGUGAAUGGCGCGGCGCAGUUCAGGUGGACGCGGGCGUGGAGGCAGCUGGCUUACGGCCUGUUUUUUUCCAUCAUCCUCAGGGAGAGAACAUGGAGAAGCCCUGGGUGUAGAGGAGUGUAUGUGUGUGUAUGUGGUGACGGCAGACUACCAGCGUCAGGAAAAUACAGAAAUCAGCCUGAAAGCAGGAGAGAGAGUCGAGGUGAUUGAAAAGAGUGAGAGCGGGUGGUGGUUUGUAAGAACAGCUGAAGAACAAGGCUGGGUUCCUGCUACAUACCUUGUCUCUCUCACAGGACGUCGAGAUAGCCACAAAGCACCAAAUGGAGAGACAGAGAGGUAUAUUACGGUUCAGUCCUUCAGCAGUUCAAGUCAGGAUGAGCUGGGCUUUGAGAGAGGCGUCAUUGUUGAGGUCAUCCAGAGGAAUCUGGAGGGCUGGUGGUUCAUACGUUAUGGUGGUAAGGAGGGAUGGGCUCCAGCUGCCUACUUGAGGAAAAUGCAAGAUGGUGUCAUAGCUGGUAACCAGGCAACAGAGACCAAUAAACCAGCUGUGCAGGGUCAGGUGGAAAUCAUCGGAAACCUUAUGGAGAUCAGCAACCUCCUGAACAAGAAACCUGCCAAUGAACGACACUCACACACACAAACUGACACCAGUGCACACCGUAACAGCAACACAAACACAUACAGGCACUUACAGACUGACACAUAUACACAGUACAACGGCGAUGCGGAGCAGACUGAUGCUUACAGUAACAAUACACACACUGAUAGAAACCGCAGCAGCAGCAUUAGCACAGCAGCUAAUACAGGCAGUAGUGGUUUAGAGAGAGACUCUGAUGAUCAGGACACCCAGCACACAGACACCAGUGUGCAUCUGUCUGUCUCAGACAGCAGUGUGUCUGUGUCAGUGUCGGAUGCUUGUGUAACUGCGUCUGUUUCUGAAGCAAGUGUGUCUUCAACAUCAUCCACAAUAAAGACCAAAACAGUCCCUCCAUCUCCUGCCAUUGCUCGAGUCGCACCUCAGAGAUUCCACAGUGUUGAGACCAGAUCACCAUCAAACAAUCAAAAGCCACCUCCCCGUCGAGAAAACAGCCUGGGAUUUCAGUUACCGCAGCCCCCAGAUCCCCCUACUGUUGAAGCUGAGUAUUACACCAUCGCUGAGUUCAGGUCCUGCUUGACAGAUGGGAUCAGUUUCAGUGGAGGACAGAAAGCUGAGGUCAUUGACAAGAACUCUGGAGGCUGGUGGUAUGUCCAGAUUGGAGAGAAGGAGGGUUGGGCCCCGUGUUCUUACAUCGACAAACGCAAGAAACCCACCUUGAACCGCCAAACCAGUACACUGACCCGGCCAAAGGUCCCACCUCCUGCUCCGCCAAUCAAAAAGCAGAACUCGCUUCCAUGUGUUGAGUCUGAGGCUGUGAGCCUAACGAGUCCACGAGUGUACGAGGAACCAGAAUAUGAUGUUCCAACAGUGGGCCUUGAAUUCGACCCUGAGCAGGAGUUUCUUCCAGGAGAUGCACCGACUAAAGCCCCUCCUCCUUUGAGUCAGCGUACCAUUUCUUUUACAUUGGGUGAAGGGGAUGAGGAGGAUGAUGAGGGUGUUUAUGUGAACGGUGGUUUCAGAGCUGUACCACAGUGUAAGGACAGUCACUCGGACACAUACUUGUCCUCUGCGGCUCACCGGGCAUCAAUGUGGGAUCCACCGGAAUAUGACGCACCAACAAUCGAGCCCAACAUUGAGACCAAUACAACACUCUACACACACACAAAGCAAUCUAAACUCAAACAGCAGGCUGAUGAGUUGAAAUCCAAACCAUCCGUGCGUCCAAAACCUGCAAACCAAGACUGUAGUUCCAUCAGAAGACCCCAAAACCAGGAGCAACCAGGCCAGAUACAAUUCAGGAGCUCCCGGACAUCUGAGGACUCUGAGAAUGACUCCGAGAACUUCCAGACGUUCUCUAAUCCGCCUUCCUUUUUGUACCAAACUACUGCGGCAUACCAGCAGGAAGAGCCGUAUGAGCUCAGCUUUCCCGUGGGAGUGCAGGUAGAGGUUCUGGAGAAGCAGGAGAGUGGCUGGUGGUUCAUCCGCUGGGGGAACGAAGAGGGUUGGGCGCCCACUUACUACUUACAGGCAAUCAAAAGCUCAGAAACAAGCGGUACAGAAGCCAAAACCACAGAGAAGGUUAAUUCUGAGACGUCUUGGUCUGCGUCUCCUGAGUUGGAGAGUUCAGUUCAGGGAGAUGUUGGAAAGAUGAGUAAAUGCGUAAGUUUGGAGAAGAACGAGCAGCGUGUUAACCAAAGCCUGAAGAGCGGACACAGAUCUAACCAACUGAACUGCCGGGUCGGUGUGAAGCAGCUCGCUGUCAGACCUCAGAACGUCCUCAAGGACAACACUAAUACGCACACAACUCCCGCAGGACGGAGGAACGAUGCGCUACCUAGUCAUAGCUACAAUGAUCAAACCACUUCUUCCUGUGCAGUUAAUACCGAGAGCAUGAGACGUAAAGUACCGGUAUCAAUGGUGAAGCCUAAACCGCAUCUGAUCCACAACAACCUACGCGAGGAGUAUGUUUCUAUCGCCGACUAUCACGGUGACUCAGAGACCAUGAGCUUCCCUGCUGGCACGAGGCUAGAGGUCCUGGAGAGAAACCCUAAUGGAUGGUGGUACUGCCGUGUGCUCGACACUGCUAAAACACGAAAAGGAUGGGUGCCCUCCAACUUCCUGGAGAGGAGGAGCUAGUGGGUUACCAGAAUUAAUUACCAAACGGCCGUACGUCUCAUACUCUCUAUCUUGACCAUGACCCAAUAAAAACGUGUUCCCUUUUUAAUUCAUAAGAGACAUGGCUAUCUCUGUUAACAAAAUCAAAGGGAACACUAAGAGAGUCAGUCACAAGUUAAUUCUCUUGUUGAUUGACACCUUGUUUAUAUGCUGUAUACUCCUGCUUGUGCUGGAUGAUGUGAUGUUAUUGUCACUGAACAGGCUUUUAGUUAUUGCUCUUAGCUGGUCUUAAUAUGCUGCAGGUGGUUUCUGUUCAAAUGUGUCUCUUUUUUUUAACUAAAUAAAUAUGCAUAAAUAUGAAUAAAUAUCUAUC